UGCAGCCUUAAAAGCCGCCAUACUGCGCACAUAGGAGCUUAACCGUCACGUGCGCCGCUGCAUCAACACUGCCUGCGCCUGUGCCACGGGUGCAUCCACAUUUUUCGACAUCUCGUGCUCGCGAACAGCGAAAAACUGCGUGUCACACUGCAACCACGCCCUAGUUAUGCGAAAGAUGCGAAACCGCGCGCGGCAGUUGUUUCAUGUAUUGCUGCUAGCGCCGUGCAUUGCUUUGGGCGGCAUAAAAACGAAUUUUGAAAGAAUAGGACUGCGGCGGAUCAAGUUCGGCGGCACGUUCCAGCUACGAGAACCGUUUCGGGGCGUGCGCGCGGGCCGCGCCGCGGACUACCUCUCGGAUCCGUUGAGGGUCAUCGCGGCGGCGUGGCCGCCUCAUUUGAUCAAGGGGCCCACGGUUAGAGAUGAUGGUGUCCUCGACUACGACCUGGAGCAGGAGACGAUCAACUUCGCCGGGUUACUUACUGUUGAUGGGACUGUCGACAUGGAAGUGAGGCAAAGCCCUCGGGGCGGUGUCACGCUCACGUCCAAGAAACUGCGCAGCGUCGCGAAGCUGUCGAACGGCCAAUCUGUGGACGUGCCCAUCGACUUCGAGCUGGAGGGGCGCCUCGACCCGCAAUCAAUUGAUCCGAACGCGUCGGCGGCGAUACGGGGCGAAUUUACGUUCUCCGUGGCCGCCGACUUGGUCGGUCCGUUGUUGCUGCUGCCGUCGCCUGCGUUAAAAGCGGCGGCGGUGGCCGUGAACCGGCAGCUCGACCUGGGCGGGCGGUUCACGCGCGGGAUCCUCGGGAAGUACCCGGCGUGGGCGCGCGCGAACCCGAUACCUCGGCCGGGCGCUGCGAAGGAGUCUUCUUCGGCGGAUUAGUUGUGUAACUGAAUAGUUGUGUCAAGAUGUGUCGC